AUAUAUCAUAGUUCUGAUUAUUUUUAUUCCUCUGCCUAAGGCUGCAAAUCCCUAGUCUCACUUCUACAGGAACAUUUCCUUGUUCGAGAUUUGUUGUAAGUGCUAGCUCCCAAGUGGGACUGACUUCUGAGAAUGACACAUAGCUGCAACAUUUGAUGUAACAAAUGCAGCUUAAUCACAAGGGACUAGUGAGGGCAGGAUGCAUUUUAUAUUGGACUGCGGAUUAAACUGGGCUAGGAGCUGUGAUAGUUGCAAACCUAGGGACAAUAGUAGAAUGCAAACAAAGGAAGGCAUGAAAAUAUGAGAAUGGGAGAAAGUUAAAUAAGAAAGGUAAAAAGACAAAAAGAAAACCCUAAAAUAUCUUUAAAAGCAAGGCUAUCGGCUGAGAAUUGGUUAAGGGGAAGGAAGGAUGCAACUUCCUUUUCAGUUGUUAGGUUCUCUUUUUUUUUCAUGUCUCAGAAGUUUUCAUAGUGCCAGGGCUGAUUUUCUGGGCUAAGAAACUGAAGACCCAUAUGGAGCGUUUCUGAGCUCCCAGGAAUUCUGAGGUUAUUGCCAGUGUUUCCAGUGUUUAACACAGCCUUCUUUUAUGGGCAGAGGGUGAAUGAGCCGAUGGGAAAGCCUCAGUAACCUAUUGGUGUCAACCCCUGGAAACAAGGACCUAAAAGGACCACAUUUUUUGUGGCAAAACUAAGGACAGGGUCAGUGGUCACGCUGUGAUUAAAUGGCAUCAGAAGUCACCUAUGCUGAGGUGAAGUUCAAGAAUGCAUCACUGGCUGCAGUGGUUGAAGCACCUCCUGAGAUGAAGAAGUGUGAGCACCACCCCCAGAAAUACCCACCGUGGCUCCCAUGGCUGAUCUCACUGUUGCUCCUCUUGACAUGCAUUGCCCUUGUUGUUGUUCUCCUUGUGGAAGGCUGGAUGUGCUGCCCAAAGGGCUGGAGAAGGUUUCAAAACAGCUGCUAUUUUCUGUCCCUUGAUACAAUGUCCUGGGCUGGGAGUGAGCAGAACUGCACUGGGAUGGGCUCCCACCUGGUGGUGAUCAACAGCAGGGAAGAGCAGGAGUUCCUCUUCAAUUUGGCGAAAGAAAAAGUUACUAACAUCUAUGAAACAAAAUACUACAUAGGCUUAACUUCUUACCAAAAUGGGCAAUGGCAGUGGGUGGAUCAGACUCCAUAUGAGAAGAUAGCCACGUUCUGGAAACCUGGAGAACCCAAUUUACUCUUUGCAGAAAGAUGUGCUGCAAUUCACGUCAAGGGAAAGAGAGACUCCAACACUUACAGUAACUGGAAUAAUGUUCUUUGCUUCACAAGUUGUUAUCGUAUUUGUGAACUGGCAGUCAAAUUUGUCUGA